AACUAAAAAUAGAUCAAAAGAAAGAACUGCUUAUGUCAUAAUAAUAUUUCGAAAUUGUAAUGAGCUUGUUACAACUCCAACUAUGGACAUCGAUGGGGCAAGAAUCCGCUGCAAUUCUCUAGCUGAAGAAUGAGGCGCGUUUGCCUCAAAAGAAUCGUAGGUGUGGCAGCCACAAGAAAGGUGAAUGAGGUAGGUGGGGGAGGGGGGCGACCCAAGAUUGCAGUAGGGCGACCCCAAAAUACAAAAAACGAAAUCAAAACAAGCCACACGGAUGCGCCCGGUUGCCUGGGCGCGUUCCAAUUCCAUCGAAAUGAACUUCAGGCGCGGAUAAGGCACGUGCCGCAUGAUUGCGCCUGCUGUUGCUGUUGCAUGCCACCAUGAAGCGCCGCAGACGUAGCUGAAAGGGAGGAGUGGGAAAGAGGGAGGGAGGAGGCAGCACACCCAGUCGAAAAUAAACAAAUGGGAGAAGAGAACUUCUGAGGCAGCGACGCAACGUCUGCGCCUUUGACUGAUGAUGAUUGUGCCAGGGGAUUCGUCGAGUGCAUUCCCGUAAUGCUAUUUAUGAUGUAUUUCUCGGUUAAUUAGUUGCAGCUGGAACGGCCAAGGGAUUGCCUUGGCUUCCGCAUCUUCAACAACAUUCCCACCAACUCUGACUCCCAUCUUCAUUUCCAUCUGCGCUCUUUUUGGGCUGUCACAUCUAUUCGUGCUGCUUGAUCGCUGAUGGAUGGCUGCCUUUUCAUCAUUUAUCUUCCAGGGAGUUGCACGUGGAACUGCAACGACUUCCCGGAAUUGGAGCAGAACCUCAGUGCCACACAGUGGCAGCUGCAACGCCCUGAACUUCCCUCCCCUCUCAAUGACUUGGCUCCCAAAAAAUAUUACGAUCCACAAAUUCAGACGAAUAAUUAUAAACUUAAAUUAAGCUCGCAAUUAAGUCGUUAAAUGUUGUUACGCAAAAUUAACUCGUCUCUCGAUCAAGUUGAAAUUGGCAUUAUAAAAGUCGGAUGAGCAUUGUGAAGAGUCAAAUCCAUUGAGUAUGUUUUCCAUUUACUUUCAUUUGAUUCUCUUUGGCUUCGGUUGCCUGCUGCUUCAUGUGCUGGCCAAACCGCAGCUGAACGAGGAUUGCGAGCUCAAUGCAGCAGACACCAUGCACGAUUUUUGCUGUGAACUGCACGAGGAAUCAUCAGAGUUCACCGAGUGCCAAAUGGAUUGGUUCUCGAAGCUAGAGCCCAACAACGAACAGCUGGAGCAGGCCUACAUGUUUUGCACAGCUGAAUGCGCCUUCAACGCAACUGAGUAUUUGGCUGGCAAUCGUCAAUCGUUGAAUCUGCGCAGGAUUAAAGAGCAUCUGGAAGACGAGCUAGACAGCAAGGCGGAGCAGAAGCAGCUCUAUGAAACCUAUGUGAAGUGCGACAAGCAUGCUCUUUCGCUGCUGCGCCACAAAGGUGUUCAGGCAAUUGCCAAACAUUUGACCACACAUGGCUGUCAUGUGUAUCCUGGCCUGGUGCUGGAAUGCGUGGCUAACGAGAUGAUUCUCCACUGUCCAGCUGAACGGUUUAGCAAGGUGGCACAAUGUCGAGCCACACGCGAUUAUUUGCGACAAUGCUUCGCGUAUCUGAAAUACAAAACCUAAGAGCUAAUUAAAGCGUAUAUACGUAAUAAAGUAGUUC